AUGAACUGUAGCCAGACUCCUGACUUUGUUCUCUUGGGAUUGUCCAAUGACCCAGAGAAGGUGCAGUUCCUCUUUGGUCUUUUUCUGGCUCUCUACUUGCUGGGCCUCAUAGGGAACUUGCUACUUUUGCUGGCCAUUGCUGCUGAUGUCCACCUCCGCACUCCCAUGUACUUCUUCCUCAGCCAGCUCUCCCUGGUGGGUCUCUGUUUCACUACCACCACAGCCCCUAAAUUGCUGGAGAUUUUGUGGACCGGCAAUGGAUCCAUCUUUUUCUCUGGAUGUCUGACUCAGUUAUACUUCUUUGCUGUUUUUGCUGACAUGGACAAUCUGCUUUUAUUGGUCAUGGCUCUUGACCACUAUGCUGCCAUUUGCCAUCCUCUGCGCUACCCACUCCUAAUGACUCCUUGUAGUUGUGGGGUUCUGGUCGGUGGGUCAUGGGGAGUGGCCCACUCUAUCUCUCUGGUCCAUAUCCUGCUACUAUCCCAGCUAUCUUUCUAUACGAAUCAAAAGAUACCUCACUUUUUCUGUGAUUUUGGCCCACUCUUAUGGCUUUCCUGCUCUGAUGCCCACUUCAAUGAGGACCUGAUGAUGGCUCUGGCUGGGCUGUUAGGAAUCAGCCCUCUCCUCUGCAUCAUAGGUUCUUAUGUUCAUAUUUUUUGUGCUGUGUCUAGGGUUCCAACAGCACAGGGGAAAAGAAAAGCCCUGACCACAUGCAGUUCCCACCUCUCCAUAGUCGUCCUCUUCUAUAGCACAGUCUUUGCCACCUACCUGAAGCCCUCAUCAACUUCUUACUCUUCUGAGGAGCUGAUUUCUUCCAUCAUGUAUACUCUGGUAACUCCCACUCUAAACCCUUUUAUUUAUAGUCUGAGAAAUAAGAAUGUAAAGAGUUCACUGAAGACAAUUCUGAGCAUGGAGAGUUCACAGGAUUAG